UGGCGCGCCGCUCUCCGGCCUACCUGCACUCCGUCAGUUGUGACGGUUCCCGGCCCGCUGCGAAAAUGUCCGUGUGCGUGGGAGAAGACCCCGGGACAGAGUCCCGCGGCCGCAGCCGGUACCGGAAAUGCGACUGCUGCCCGUACGGCUACCACAUCGACCUGGACUUCGUGCGCUACUGCGAGGCGAUGCGCCGCGGCGGCACCUCGCGGCCACGCCGGCCGCGCCGCCGACACCGGCACUCCCUGGAGGUGCUGCUCGGACUCGAGCCCCAGGCAGCCAACAGCGACGACGCGGCGGCGAGCAAGCAGCAGAGCGUUGUAACCGGCGACCUGCAGCACGCCGUCGACUUGUUCGAGGACGCACUACAGAAGACCAGCAACAGCCACCACGUCACAGACGGGCUGAUGAACGGCGACAUCAGCGACGAGGUGGAUGGCUUGGCCGCCUGCCGCACAGACUUCGAAGCCAGGAGCCCAAACAGCGUGGCCAGCGCCACCUCUCCCAACGGCCUCAGCACCGGCGCCUUGCAGACUAUCCGAGAGCAAAUGGCUGUGAGUCUGGAACGGAUGCGAGAACUGGAAGAACAAGUGAAGCUAAUACCGAUACUGCAGGUGCAGCUGAACGUGCUGAAGGAGGAGAAACGCAAGCUGCUCGCUGAAGCUGAUCGCGAGAGACAGAGACCGCAGCCCGUUGCAGGGGAUGGAGGCAAAGCGGUGGCGGCGGUGCGCCACCGGGCUGUGGGCUGCGCAGUGGUGACGCGCGACGUGGGCGUCUGCAGCCGGAUGCCCCGGACGCGCGACGCUGCUACGUCUCCGGCGGCCUCGGCGCGCGCCGCCAGGGCUGCCGACGUCGCCUGCGCCACCGACGGCCGAAUCUACUCCGAAGACGACCUGCAGCGCAGGCUGCACGAGCAGCUCCUGCGCCAGGAGAGGGAGCUCGAGGAUAGGUUCGCCGUCCAGCUCCAGUCCCGACUCUCCGAAGAACUCCAGAGCAAAGUGUCUCGGGAAUUCGACGACGCCGUCACACGCGAGCUCAGGAACAAGAUUUUUCGGGAGCUCGACGCUCGCGUGGAGGCCGAAUUCGAGAAGAGGGUUUUGCGGGCACUGGACGAUAAAGUUUCGUUAGAACUCGAGGGGCGCGUGCGGCGCGAUUUUGAAGACCGUGUGGCUAACCGACUCGAUCAACGUCUGCACAGCGAGUUGGAUUUCACUGUAGCGCGAGAAUUUGACCGAAAGGUGUCUACCGAACUGCAGCAGCGGCUAUCUCGAGACCUGGAGCAGACUGUUCGCUACCGGCUGGAGGACGCCGUGUCACAAGAGCUGGAGCGCAGGCUCGCCCGUGAUCUGGAGGACAGGAUCUCCCGUGAACUGGACGACAGAGUGACUCGAGAGUUGCAAAUCCGUUUAUCCGACGAGUUACAAGAUCGAGUUGCCAGAGAAAUGGACGCCAGGGUACGCCUGGAGCUACAAGAAAAAUUGCGUCACGACUUGGAAGAUCGUGUGUCGCGCGAAUUCGAGGACAGAGUAUCUCGAGAAGUGGAGGAGAGAAUUUCUCGAGAAAUGGAGGAUCUAGUGAGCCGCGAGUUCGAAGACAGAGUGGCGAGAACAUUGGAGGACAGGAUAUCUCACGAGAUGGAGGAGAGGGUGUCUCGCGAAUUCAAUAUCCGAGUUUCUGAAGAAGUGGAGGAGAGAGUCUCCCGGGAAGUGGAGGAAAGAGUGUCUCGAGAGGUGAACGAGAGAGUUUCUCGGGAGGUGGAGGUGAUGGUUUCUAGAGAACUGGAAGAACGAGUGGCCGCGAAAAUGAGGGAAAGGAUACGAGAAGAGCUGGAAGGGAUGUCAUCUCCCUUAAGACAGAAGAUAUAUCUGUCCAAAGUUGACGAUGACACGCCCCAACAGGCAGUCGCGGAGGACCACCGUCCAGAACAGUGUCGAUGUUUCGAAAAUGUGUCCGUUUCCACGAAUGCCGUACAAAAGUGCGACCUCGGUGUUCAGGUGAGAGACAAUAGUUUUCAGCGUCACGUUGCGACGCAGUCGGAGCGCAACUGGUGGCUGAGAGAUGCCGGCAUGCAGGCCGAAGUCAGACAGAGGGACGCGUCGCUGCAGUGCGAGCCCAAGAUGUGGGCCAGAGACGCUCUCUCGCAGACGGCGAUUCCCAGGAAAGAAAUGUCGGUGCAGGCGACACUGGCUGUCAGGACUUUCGAGAUCGGCGUGUGCGCCAAACCGUCUUCCGGAGAUGCGUGGGUAGAGGCGAAGCCCGCGACGGCCGACGUCGGCUGUACGGCGGUGUCGCGCCUGCAGCACAAGCCCGGGUUCGUGUCUCUCGAAGACCUCGAUGCAGUCCGUCCGGUGAGCAGCGCCACGCAGACCGACAACGCCGCCGUCACCCGCGAGAUGGCCACCAGCACUGUGGAGCGCAAGCUGGCGGACGCGUCCGCGCAGUGCCGGCUGAACGACGAAGCGCCCCCGCCGAGCCCCCGGGACCCGUCUCCGCAGCCGGCGGGCCUCUCCCGUAUACCGCGGCCGACGGUGGCGACCCGGCCCGCGGACGGCACCAAGUCCCCUCGGCUCGGUGCCUCGCAGCUCACGCUACCCACGCUGAGGAGCAACUCCGUGAAGAAAAUCGUCACGCAGGAGCUCACGUCUUACAGCACUCGCUCGACGACCGUGGCAGCAAGCAGGGCGACGUCAGGAAACGCCAUUCAAGUCCGCAGCAAAAGUUCCGACCCGGCGCCGAGGCUGAAGAGACAGAACACUUACACGAAGAUUGACGACAAUGGAGAGAGAUUCGAGACUGAAAGGACUUCUAGCACAAACGCACAUGAAUCAGUUCGAAGUCCGCUAUCAUUGGAAGAAAGGGAAACAUGGAUGGGAUCGUAUCAGCUAGCGAGGACACAAACGUCAGAUGCAUCCUCAAAUCUGGGUAAUGUGGAAAAUCUGGAACGACUGGAAAGACCAAACAGGGUGGAACCUAGUAAAGAGAUGAAGGCUGCCCUUAAAGUUAUAAAUGAUUCAUUAACAAAACCAUCAGCAAAGAAGGACCUGCCUCAUCAUUUGUCAAAUGCUGCGAAUAUAGUGCAGAAGGAGUGGUUCAGGAUAUCAGGGGGCAAGAAUGUUGAUCCCUUAGCUGUGGAGGAUUAUCUUGAUUAUAUUGAAGGUUAUUCUUCACAAUUACUGGAAUAUGUAGUCAAUAUGACUGACAUGAGUGGUAAUACUGCACUUCAUUAUGCAGUUUCCAGUGGAAACUUUGAUGUAGUGUCCAUAUUACUUGAUUCAAAGGUAUGCGACAUAAAUAAACCAAACACUGCUGGGUACACGUGUGUAAUGCUGGCUACAUUGGUGAAAUUACGCAAUGAAACUCAUAGGCAGAUCAUCCGGAGGAUGUUUCACCUGGCAGAUGUAAACAUAAAAGCAAAACCUCAUGGUCAAACUGCUCUGAUGCUGGCAACAUCUCAUGGUAACCUGGAAAUGGUGGAAAUGCUUACAGAAGCAGGUGCUGAUAUGAAUAUCCAGGAUGCUGAUGGUAGCACUGCUCUGAUGUGUGCUGCAGACCAUGGCUACACUGACAUUGUCAAACACAUAAUAUCUCAACCAGACUGUGAUGUCACUAUUGUUGAUUCUGAUGGAAAUAGCGCACUGAAUAUUGCAAUGGAAGCUGGAAAUAGGCACAUUGGGUUGCUUCUAUAUGCUCAUGAACAUUUCUCACGUAGUGGUUCUCCUCAUGGAUCUCUCCGACUGAAGCGUUCCAGAAGCUCAACUCCAACUUCAAGAGGCACAGUCACUCCAUCAUCACCACUAAUGACACGUGAUGGUUUAGACAAAUCAAGUUCGUAAUGAACAUAUGUAUUU